UGCCUCAGAAUAAUUCUACGCACAGGAAUGGAUUGGGGUGUAAUUACUCAUUUAAUUUGUUUCUUUUGUUUGCUCAGCUACGUGUCAGCAAAUAAUGGAACACGUUACCUUACAGUUAAAAGAAGUCUUCUAUCUCCGUUUAAAACUGUCUGUUACGGCAAACUCGGCUGUUUCUAUAAUGGACCACCAUUUUACAAUCCGGUACUUCGACCAAUCAGUUUAUCUCCUUUUCCACCGGAGUUGUAUCUUACAACGUUCUCAUUCUACAGUAGGCGAAACAGGCAAGAACCUUAUAUAUUCACACCUUUCAGUUUAGAAGCAGUUCUGAGUUCAUCUUUCAAUGUCAGUUCUUGGACAAGGAUCAUUAUUCCUGGUUUUUUGGAUGGAGAGUUAGCGACCACUUUUUUGCAAGAAAUUAAAGACGUUUAUCUUGCCUCGAUGGAUGACAAUAUCAUAACAGUGAAUUACGCUCAGUAUCCUUCAUAUAGUGUAGCAAUAGCAAAUGCCCGUGGAUUAGGCGCACAGAUUGCUUUGCUGAUACAAUUUAUACAAAAAACAUACGGAUAUCCAGCAGAAAAGUUUCACCUGGUUGGGCACAGCUUAGGAGCUCAAAUAUGCGCUUAUGCUGGAGAAAGAAUACAUAACCUUGGGCGGAUCACAGGGCUUGAUCCUGGUGGUCCAGGUUAUGAAAAUCGGCCGGAUGUUGUUAUCCUUGAUGCUUCCGAUGCUCUGUUUGUUGAUGUGAUACAUACAAAUCCUGGAAGAAUAAUUAUCGAUGGUCUUGGAACUGUUGAAGACGUAGGACAUGUAAAUUUCUGGCCGGCCGGAGGGAGACCGAAAGGCUGUCCUCUCACACUGCUAAGAGAAUUUUUAACUGGUUCUAGAAACUUUAUUCCAGAUAUAUUGACUUGCCAGCACAGACGGUCUGUGGAAUUCAUGAUAUUUUCAUUCGGUCAGAAUGGAUGUUUUUUUGUCGGAGUAGAAUGUCUCAGCUAUGAAUCAUUUCAGAAAGGGCAGUGCAAUUGCGGAACAAAUGGUGAAAGAUGUCGCUUCAUGGGCCAGUUUAGCAGUCCAGCAACCAAUAAAUCCAGGUAUUAUCUCCAAGUUGGGAUUGAAAGACCUUAUUAUUGUUUGUUUCAGUAUCAAGUCAUCGUAUUUUUAAAAGUUGUUCCUGAAAAAGUUACACACGAAACAACAGAAGCAGCUCUAAACUUAAUAAUUGAAGGAGACAGCAAGAUUCAAGCUACUAAAACGUUUAACAUCAAUUUAAUGGAACAAAAGAAAGUCCUACAUCUUCUCAUCACAUCUAAAGUACCUCUUGGUCAACCAAGAAAUGCCGUUGGUACACUUCAUCGCGCUUUCAACUUGCAAACGAUUAAACAGAGUCCAGUAGCUGACUUUAAAGCUGUGAUGGAAGCCAUAGAGAUUAAUUAUUUAUUUCCUUUGCCAAAGAAGUAUACGUCAACUCUUCUAUGCAAGAAAGAUGAUUUACAUCAAUUUGAGAAAAAUUUGACAGUCUUCUCUACCGAUGCAUGUAAUUACCUUUAUAAGAAUCACUGGAAGAACAGUACCUCGACUUUCGCCCCAGAAAAAUAGAAAGGUUUUGAGAAGAGAUAGGAAACCGGAAAAGAUGUACGUGAUGUGCUAUGGAAUUGCUUUUGAAAAUGCUUGAUUUCAACAGAUGAGACGCUGUAAAAAUUUAAUCCAAUCUUAUUUGUGUUUUUUAAAAUAUCCUAAAUUUUAUUUGCAUACGAAUGUUUUCAAAACAGAGCCAAACUUAAAUGUUAUCCAUAUACUUCCAUGAUUUUCGCCACAGAUGUUUAGAAAUAUUUGAUUGAAAGAUAUCUGAAAAGCAAAAAUAUUAACAGCCUCUUAAAAUGGUUUCAUUGUGUGUUAAAAAAAGGCACAGGAAAUAAAUAAAUUGUAAAAGAACAAAAUGCACACAGAUAAUUUGUUGAAACACUUUUCCUCCACUGAGUCUACUAUUCAUUUAUUUGUUUUUAAUUGAAGAAAGUAUUAAAAAAU